CAUAUAGAUAGGGUGGUAAAGAAAGCUUUUGGUAUGCUAGCCUUUAUAAAUCAGAGCAUUGAGUAUAGAAGCUGGGAUGUAAUGUUAAAAUUGUACAAGGCAUUGGUGAGGCCAAAUCUGGAGUAUGGUGUACAAUUUUGGUCACCCAAUUAUAGGAAGGAUGUCAACAAAAUAGAGAGAGUACAGAGGAGAUUUACUAGAAUGUUGCCUGGGUUUCAACAACUAAGUUACAGAGAUAGGUUGAAUAAGUUAGGUCUUUAUUCUCUGGAGCGCAGAAGGUUAAGGGGGGACCUGAUAGAGGUCUUUAAAAUGAUGAGAGGGAUAGACAGAGUUGAUGUGGACAAGCUUUUCCCUUUGAGAAUAGGGAAGAUUCAAACAAGAGGACAUGACUUCAGAAUUAAGGGACAGAAGUUUAGGGGUAAUAUGAGGGGGAACUUCUUUACGCAGAGAGUGGUGGCGGUGUGGAAUGAGCUCCCAGUGGAAGUGGUGGAGGCAGGUUCAUUGGUAUCAUUUAAAAAUAAAUUGGAUAGGCAUAUGGAUGAGAAGGGAAUGGAGGGUUAUGGUACGAGUGCAGGCAGGUGGGACUAAGGGGAAAAAAAUUUGUUCGGCAUGGACUUGUAGGGCCGAGAUGGCCUGUUUCCGUGCUGUAAUUGUUAUAUGUUAUAUGUUAUAUGUUAAUGAAGUCUGUCUGUAACUUCCAUUCAGUAAUCGAGACAUCGUGUUACUGUUAAUCAAGUUAGUGUGUCAUCUUGUCAGUUGAGAAUGUAAAAGUUGUAACAAUGUCACGCUCAGGAGAUCAGCUUUGACAGGUCUCCUGGUGGCGCAACAGUUUGAAUAAAUCGCCCGUUGCUUUGAACACAAAGUCCGCGCGGCCUUUCUAUUUGCGCCUACAGUUUCAAACUGUGCAACAUUUCUUUGCAGAUGGGAAAUGGGAGUGAGGAGACUAACAUCUUCCUGUCAUCUAUAUCAGAGGAAGAAGAUAUAUUUUUUGGAAUAAUUUAUUCCAUAUAUGGUAUUUUAUCCCUGUUUGGAAACAGCAUUCUUUUGUUUAUCGCACUGAGGAAACGGCACGUGCUUAAACCAGCUGAAUAUUUCAUUGUGAAUUUAGCCAUCAGUGACAUUGCAAUGAUCAUAACUCUAUUGCCACUGGCCAUUCCAUCAUUAUUCGCACACAGGUGGUUGUUCAGUCAACGAUGCUGCUUCUAUUAUGCCUUUUGUGGUGUGCUGUUUGGCAUCUGCAGCCUUACUAACCUGACAUUGCUGAGCAUUGUCUGCUGUAUAAAGGUCUGCUACCCUGCAUAUGGGAACAAAAUCACAUCAGAAUAUGCUUGUAUCUUGGUGUCUUCUGCUUGGGCAUAUGCUUCAGUAUUCGCCAUCUCCCCUCUGGCAAACUGGGGUCACUAUGGACCAGAGCCCUAUGGGACUGCUUGCUGCAUAGACUGGAAAGCACCAAAUUCGGAUUCCAAUGCAAUGUCCUACAUCAUUGCACUCUUUGUCUUUUGCUACUUCUUCCCCUGUGGCAUCAUCACCACAUCAUACACACUCAUCCUGCUGACUGUAAAAGGUUCGAGAAGGGCCGUGCAACAACAUGUAUCCCCACAGCCAAAUUCCACCAAUGCUCACACUCUAAUUGUAAAGAUGAGCAUUGCUGUGUGCAUUGGAUUCUCAGUGGCAUGGACACCGUAUGCGAUUGCAGCAAUGUGGGCAGCAUUUGACAACGCUGAGAAGAUCCCACCAUUAGCGUUUGCUGUGUCUGCUUUAUUUGCAAAAUCCUCAACCUUAUACAACCCUCUCGUCCACAUCCUGUUCAAACCCAACUUUCGGAAGCUUUUAUACAAAGACUGGGCGCAUUUACUCAACCUCUGCAGGAGACCGCGUAGACAAUGGGACAACGAGGUGGGCCUUACAUUGCAAGCAGCCUGCGAUCAGUCCGCACUGACCUCCUCCAGGCAUCCAAAUGGAUUUGCACAUAGGCAGGAUGGCUGCAACACGUGCGCUGAUACCUUCGAAUAUUUCAGUAACACAAAAUCUCUCGAAACGGGGGAAUCUGCAUCCAAAGCCAGCCUUCUUAUUUCGAGUGAUAACAGUCAAGAACAUGGGCCCACGAAGUUAACCACACUAGUGAUGUUAACUGGAAGCAAAGCAUCGCCCAGCAUCGAGAGUAUUGAGGUAUCAAUAGACACGUUGCCCACCAAACAGACCAAGGAUCUCAAUAUAAUUUGAAAAAAAAUCAACUACAUUGAAAGUCGUGGAAUUCUUUGAAGUGUGGUGGAGAAAGGGAAACAAAUGUUACAGAGAGAUGUAUGCUAAUUCAUUUCCAAAAAGCCUUUGAUACAAUGUCACACAAAAAGAAAACUAACACAUGAGGGCACAAGGAACUGCAGAUGCUGGAAUUUUGAGCAUAACAAGAGAUUCAAGAGUGUCUAUUGUCAUGUGUCCCAGAUAGGACAAUGAAAUUCUUGCUUUGCUUCAGCACAACAGAAUAUUAUAGGCAUAAAUAAAUACAGAUCAAGUCAAGUCAAGUUUAUUUGUCACAUACGCAUACGAGAUGUGCAGUGAAAUGAAAAGUGGCAAUGCUCGCGAAUUGUGCAAAAACAAAAACCCAUACAAACUGCAAACAGAAUGGAACAGAAUCACAUAUUCACAUAUUACAUAUUUGUGGGAGGGAAGAAAAAAGGAAAAAAAUUGCAAUUUUAAAAAGACACCACACAACAGUAGAGUGGUACAGUCAAGUUAGUCCCUGGAGAGAUAGGAGUUCACAGUCCUAAUGGCCUCUGGGAAGAAACUCCUUCUCAUCCUCUCCGUUCUCACAACAUGGCAACGGAGGCGUUUGCCUGACCGUAGCAGCUGGAGCAGUCCGUUGCAGGGGUGGAGGGGGUCUCCCAUGAUUUUGUUGGCUCUGGAGUUGUACCUUCUGAUGUAUAGUCCCUGCAGGGGGGGGGGGCGAGUGUAGUUCCCAUAGUGUGUUUGGCCGAACGCACUACUCUCUGCAGAGCCUUCUUGUCCUGUGCAGAGCAGUUCCCAAACCAAAUCGUGAUAUUUCCGGGCAAGAUGCUUCCCACAGCCGCUGAGUAGAAUCACUGGAGGAUCCUCAGAGACACUCUGAAUUUCCUCAAUGGCCUGAGGUGGUAAAGGCGCUGCCUUGCCUUACUCACCAGUGCUGCAGCGUGUGAUGUCCAUGUCAUAUCCUCAGAGAUGUGGACUCCCAGGUAUUUAAAACAGCUCACCCUAUCCACAGUAUCCCCAUUUAUCUUCAAUGGUGUGUAUGUCCUCGGAUGAUGUGUCCUCCUAAAAUCCACGAUCAGCUCCUUAGUUUUUUUGAUAUUCAAGAGGAGGCUGUUGUCCUGACACCAGAGUGCCAGAUCAGCCACCUCCUCCCUGGUAGGCCUUCUCAUCGUUGUCUGAGAUCAGGCCCACCACCACAGUGUCAUCAGCAAACUUGAUUAUCGAGUUGGAGCUGAAACUGGCCACACAGAUCAGUGUGUCCAUAUACCAUUGAAUAUAUAUAUAUGUACACACACAUCAAUGAGCAGAUAAAGUGCAAUAGGCUAUUAAAGUUUGGAUUUUUGUUUGAGAUGAGUUUAUAGUCUGAUGGCUGUGGGGAAGAAGUGGGUUCCUGAACCUGGAUGUUGCUGAUUUCAGGCUUCUACCUGAAGGCAGCGGAGAGAUGAGUGUGUGGCCAGGAUGGUUUGGGUCCUUGAUGAUGCUGCCAGCCUUUAUGAGGCAGCGAUUGCAAUAGAUCCCCUCGAUGGUAGGGAGGUCAGAUCCGAUGAUGGACUGGGCAGUGUUUACAACAUUUUUGCAGUUUUUUCCGCUCCUGGGCACUCAAGUUGCCAAACCAAGCCGCAAUGCAAACGGUCAGCAUGCUCUCAACUGUGCACCUGCAGAAGUUCGAGAUAGUCCUCCUUGACAUACCCACUCUCCGUAAUCUUCUCAGAAAGUAGAGGUGCUGACGUGCUUUCUUUAUAAUUGCAUCAGUGUUCUGGGACCAGGAGAGAUCUUCAGAGAUGUGCACGCCCAGGAAUUUGAAGCUCUUGACCCUUUCCAUCAUCGACCCCUUGAUAUAAACGGGACUGCGGGUCCCCAUCCUACUCCUUCCAAAGUCCACAAUCAGUUCCUUGAUGGAGGACGGACAGGCUGUUUCUGUGGAAGAAAUGGACAGGCGACGUUUCAGGUUGGGACCCUUCUUCAAGCUGAUCAGUCUCGAGAAGGGUCUCAACAUUAAAUAUCAUCUGUCCAUUCCCUCCACAAAUGCUGCCUCAUCCGCUGAGUUCCUCCAGCACUUUGUGCUGUAACAAAUGCACGCACUGAAUGAAGAAAGAUUUCCGCAUCUCACGUCUUAUCCUGAGACUGCACCCACUUAUUUUAGUUUAGUUUAGUUUAGAGAAACAGGGCGGAAACAGACCCAUCGGCCCACCGAGUCUGCACCGACCAGCGAUCCCCGCACAUGAACACUAUCCUACACACACCAGGGACAAUUUUACAUUUAUACCAAGCCACUUAGCCUUCAAACCUGUAUGUCUUUGGAGCGUGGGAGCAGGA